AUGGACGCCUUCCAAGAAGCCAUCAAUGGACAAGACGUCUUCGCGACCACAUACCAGCAAGGCUUUUACAUUCCUCCAGAGCGCUCCGACCACGCAGACAUGCCUUGUCGCGGAGCCAGACCAACUCAGGUGGCGGCUGAUCUUGCUGCCAUGAUUCCCAGUAGCAAUGCGCCUCAAUACAAGGUGGAGCAGUUCAGUGAUCCAGCAACACCAUCCCGGAACACACCAGAAGUAACGCCAGACCACGAAGACCACGGAUCAGGAUCGUCAGCACUUUUUAUCAAGCAGUCACCACACUCCUCGCCUCCAACGGCACAACACUCUUUUCGUGAAGAGAGACAUCCAAGCCUUACACCAUCCGUCAACACAGGGUCGAAAGAAGAUCCAAUCGACAUCGAUGAUAAUCGCGAGUCUAUGGCCCCGGCGCCGGUUGCGCCACCAAGAAGUCGCAAAGGUCGCUCACUCGGCGAGAAUAGCACGAAGCAUAUCCGCGACCUGCGGGCUCAAGCUGAAGGUGGCAGCAUCGAAGCAGCUCUCAAGCUUGGCUGGAGUGUCGAGCGCAUGACCGUUCUCUUCAACCAGGACAAGUUGCGACGCGGCGUUCCGACGGCGAUGGACACACCUAUCGAUGAUGAGAAUCUGCUCGCUCGAAUCGAACAGCGGAAGGAAAAUGGCCGAGAAGCUUCCAAGCGACGUGCACACAAGUUGAAAGUCAGAGCGAACCAGGGUGAUUUCGAGGCUGCGAAGAAGCUGAAAUUGAGCAACAAGACGAUGAGCACUAUGUUCCCGAACCAUACCGAGGAAUUCCCGCUUCAGCAGAAGACCGAGCGUGCGGUUAGUCCGACUGAGCCUCUUCACUUCCAGCAGCAUUCUGAGCGGCGAGGGACCGUGACACUCGGAGCGUCCAAUCACCCGACUCCACGACUGGCACCACGCUAUCCAAGUCAGACUCAUGCUCAGGCUCUCCCGGCCGCUCCCACCUUUCGCAGCGAACAGUCUUGGGGCAACUUGACGCCUUACGGUAUGCAAGCGUCCGCCUUCCAGAAGACUGAGGUCCACCUUCUCACUGCUCGCGAUGAGUGGAUGCGAAUGGCCGCUAUUGCCCACAGUCAGGCUCAAGCACUUGACCAACGUCUUCGGCAGCAUCUCCGACUACGAGAGGAUAUCGGCAUGGCGGUGUUCGACGCAAUCGCGCCCAAUAGGAAGCCACGAGAGCAGGAAUUGAAGUGGAUCCAGGAGAGCGGGCAGGAGGAUGCCGUGGUUGACUCGACAAAGGCGAAAGUCCGGCAAGAGAGCUCGAGACUUUUCCCAGAACUUGCCAUCUUGAGUAAAGAUGCCAUCGCCGAGCAGCGGCGCAAACACAAGUCGACGUUCGCCGAGCCCGAAGUCUUUAAUCCGACUGCUACGUAG